GAAGAAAACCUGGAAAACAUGAUUGAGAAUGAAAAGGAUACAAAGAAUAUUAAAGCUUCACAAAACACAACUAAAGCAACAAUAGCUAACAAAACAGAUACAGUAGAGGUCAGGAUAUCUGAUACAGCUAAUGAACUAGAUAUAGAAAGGAACAGAAUAUCAGAUACAAACAAUGAUAGAAACCUAAUCUCAGAAGAUGAAUUUACAAUG